AUGGCAACUGCUUCGCACAUUAUCGAAAGAGAAGUCCCCGCUGCGAGCGCAGUCCUCCAUCGCUCACUCAAAAGCGCACCUCCGCACGUCGUAUCGGCAAACGGGAAGUAUUUGACAUUCUCCAAUGGCCAGACCAUUCUAGACUCAACAUGCGGCGCAGCAGUCGCAUGCAUAGGAUCGAACAAUGAACGAGUCAAGAAGGCCAUGGUUGAGCAAAUUGAUAAGUUUGCUUACUGCAACUCCAUGUUCUUUGGCCACGAAAUUGGAGAGGAGUUGGCCAAUGAACUCAUUGCAGGCACGGAUGGUGCCAUGUCAAAAGCGUACAUCAUGUGCUCGGGCUCGGAGGCCAUGGAAUCCGCCAUGAAGAUGGCGCGGCAGUACUUUAUGGAAUUGUCCCCUCAACAGUCUAAGCGAGUCAACUUCAUUGCCAGAGAAGGAUCCUACCACGGCACCACUCUUGGCUCGCUGUCCAUGAGCGGACAUGUCGCGCGGCGGAGUCUCUUUCUCGAUAUGCUGCUGCCCAAUAUUUCCAGGGUAUCGGCUUGUAACCCGUAUCGCGGUAUGCGCGAGGGACAGAGUGUGGAGGAGUACGUUGCUCAGUUGGCCGAUGAACUAGAUCGCAAAUUCCAAGAGCUCGGCCCUCAUACCGUUUGCGCAUUCGUUGCAGAGCCUGUUGUUGGCGCGACUCUAGGUUGUGUUCCGGCUGUGCCUGGAUAUUUCCAAGCCAUGAGAAAGGUCUGCGACAAGUACGGCGCCCUUCUCAUCUUGGAUGAGGUCAUGUCGGGCAUGGGUCGCUGCGGCUCCUUACACGCUUGGCAGCAAGAAGGCGUUGUCCCUGAUAUUCAGACACUUGCAAAGGGCCUCGGCGGCGGGUACGCGCCCAUGGCGGGUAUGCUGAUCAACCACCGCGUGGCGGAUGCCCUCAGAAACGGGACCGGGUCGUUCUCCCAUGGACAUACUUAUCAAGGUCACCCGGUGGGAUGCGCCGCUGCACUAGAGGUCCAAAGGAUUAUUCGUGAAGAAAACCUCAUCGACAACGUCCGAAAGCAGGGCAAUCUUCUCGAGGAACGCUUGCGGUACUACUUGGAAGACCAUCCUCAAGUUGGCAAUAUCCGAGGCAAAGGCCUGUUUUGGGGGAUUGAGUUUGUCAAGGACAAACAAAGCAAGGAGCCGUUUCCAAGAUCGGAGGACAUUGCCAACAAAACUCACUUGAUUGGUUUCAACGACUUUGGUAUUAGCUUGUAUCCUGGAAACGGAACAAAGGAUGGUGUCUUGGGUGAUCAUGUCCUGCUUGCGCCUGCAUAUACCAGUACGAGUGAGGAGAUUGAAGAAAUUGCAUCCAAAACUCGGGAUACUAUAUUGAGGACAUUCGAGGGCAUUGGAACAGGCACCGGUAUUUAA